AUGGCAUCCCAUCGGCCCCUCCGAAGCUUGUUCUCGACGGCAUCGUCCGCCGUCAACCCCGCGCAACCCGCCCAGCGAGCCCUCGUGCGGACCUCCGCAUGCGCAUUCUCGACGACAGUACCCUCACGGAGCUCUGAAUAUGACAUAGAAGCUGCCGACCGGCCACGAUGGCAACAGACACCGCCCCGCAUGAUGGCUCCUUUCCGCGUGCGACCGAAACCGCGAGGCCCAGAAUUCAAGGUCAACGACGAUCCCCGGAGGCUAGACGAUGCCUACUCUCGCAUGCUGGGGCCUGGUGGCGACAAGGUGCUGUCUGACGAGGUGAAAUGGCUGGCCGUCACGCAUAAGAGCUUCGAUCACGGCCGAAGAGGAUUCAAUGACCGGCUCGCGUUUUUGGGACGGCGAAUAGUCUCGCUGCAGACGUCCCAGGCGCUCCUCAAUGCACCCCAGGUUGAAUCGUGGCCAAGGAAGAGCGACGGCACUCCUCUCACAGACCGCUUCGGCCGCAUUCCAUACAUUCAUCCCGCGCUCAACGGUCUGCCUGGCCUCACAGGCGACGCAAAGGGUCGCGUGCUAGACAAGUCGCGGUUAGCAGGCCUCGCAGAGCGUUAUGGCUUGGACAAAGUCACGCGGUGGACACCGAAACGUGCGGAUAAUCUCCAAGGCUCUGGUCUAGAAUCAGUCCUCACCACCUCGUUAUACGCCAUCAUUGGCGCACUUGCCCUCGAACGGGGAGGUGAAGUUGCGAACAAAGUCACCCAAGACAAAAUCCUGGCACCCCUCGGGUUUACCUUUACCGCCGACUAA